CGCGCCCCGCCACAGGUACCGGGGCGGCCUGAGCAGAGCGGCUGUGGGGCUGCUGGGAGCCGUCCCGCGGGACCUCCGCGCCUUUGCUCCCGGGCAUUCGCCGUGGCGGGCCUCCCUGAAUCCCCCUCUCUCCUCCACCCCCGGCUUCUCUUCUCUUUCCCGGCGUGGCUCGCUCUUGCUUGGGGAACCCCGAGUGCAUCCGCGGAGCGAGCUCGGCGGGGGAGGACCGGCUUGUUGCCGUCGGGAGGAGGGACCCCGCGUGUGCCCCCGGCGCGGGGCGGGGGGGCGAUGAGCCGCGCAUUGUUUGCCCUGUAGGCAGCGCCCGGCGGGCAGCGGGGCGGCGGGCCAUGGGCUCCGCGCCUUUGUCUCCCGAGUGAGCCGGCCCCGAGCCCGCAGCCUCCCGGCGACAUGGACGUGACCGUCUCCGAGCUCCUGGAGCUCUUCCUGCAGAGCCCCUUAGUGACCUGGGUGAAAACCUUCGGGGACCUGGGGAGCGAGGACCAGGACAACCUCGGGGUGUACAUGGACCUGGUGGAUGGCGUCGUCCUGAACAAAAUCAUGCUGCAAAUAGAUCCUCGACCAACCAACCAACGUGUCAACAAGCACGUAAAUAAUGAUACCUAUCUUCGGGUUCAAAACCUGACCAUCUUGAUCAGAAACAUUAAGACUUACUAUCAGGUGAGAUUUCUGCUCUCUGCUAAUUAAUCUGUGGUGCUGUAC